AUGGCCCUUCUUUUGUUAGCAGGAGCUUCACAACGAAGGAUUCGUUUGGACAUAAUCAGCUUCACUGGUGCCAUCAGUGCCUGUGACCCCCCCAGCAGCUGGCAUUCUUCGCUCGCUAUUCUUUCUUUAUUCAGGACAGCAGCCGUUCCUGCUGAUGAAACGUUGUUAACUGCAGCAUUAACUGCAUGCAGGGAGCAUUGGCAUCAGACGCUGUACUUAUUCUGCUCACAGGACUUGAAUUCAACGCCCACACAAGUGACCUAUGGGGCAUUGCUGUGUGCUUUGGACCGUUCGAAACAGUGGCAACGUUCUCUCACCAUGCUCCGACGCAUGGCCAUUGAGCGGAUUGCAGCCGACCAUGGCAUUCAUGCCGUGGCAUGGAAACUGGCUCUUCGAGGGCUUGAUGCCUCAGCAGUGGAUGCCUGGGAGCUAGCAUUGUCUACUGCAGACAGCCCAGAAGUCGCAUUCAAGAUCGUGAGAUGGCAGUUGGCGUUUCUUAUUUUGAAAGCUCGAGUAUGGCCUCAGGGAGACAGCGAAGGCUUCCUUGGGAUCAAGCGCUAG